UGACACACACCUCCCAUCCGCACAAUGUGAUCGUACAGCAUUUCCUAAUUCAGCUCUUCCAGUUAAUCAAACACAAUGUGGCUUUACAAGCUUGCUAAAUGCCCCCUAAAGAUAGGAAGGGCCCAGUCCAGCCUUGCCCAGCUCAGGGGUAUUCUAGAGGGGGAACUGGAGACUAUAAGGGGAGCUGGAACCUGGAAAAGCGAGAGGAUAAUCACAUCCAAACAGGGGCCACAUAUACAGGUGGAAGGGAAAAAUACAGGGAUCCUGAAUUUCUGUGCCAAUAAUUACCUGGGCCUGUCCAGUCACCCUGAGGUUAUACGCGCUGGGCAUGAGGCGCUGGAACAAUAUGGAGCUGGACUAAGCUCAGUGAGGUUUAUCUGUGGCACUCAGAAUAUCCACAAGACCUUAGAGAAGAAGAUCGCACAGUUCCACCAAAGAGAAGAUGCCAUAUUGUACAUCAGCUGCUUUGAUGCCAACGCUGGGAUAUUUGAGGCCCUGCUGACACCUGAAGAUGCCGUGCUAUCAGAUGAGCUCAAUCACGCCUCCAUUAUUGAUGGCAUCCGCCUCUGUAAAGCCAACAAGUACCGCUAUAAACACAUGGAUCUGGAGGACUUGGAGGCAAAGCUGAAAGAGACACAGAAGCACCGCCUGCGUCUCAUUGCGACAGAUGGCGUUUUCUCUAUGGACGGAGAUAUUGCGCAGCUUCGUGAGAUUUGCAAUCUGGCAAAGCAAUAUAACGCCCUGGUGUUUAUAGAUGAGUGUCACGCUACCGGCUUUAUGGGACCCAAUGGACGGGGCACAGAUGAGCUUCUCGGAGUCAUGGACCAAGUGACUAUUGUGAAUUCCACACUCGGCAAAGCACUAGGAGGUGCUGCAGGAGGGUACACAACUGGCCCAAAGCCACUGAUAGACCUUCUUCGGCAGCGAUCAAGGCCGUACCUCUUCUCAAACACCCUCCCUCCAGCCGUGGUGGGAAGUGCUUCUAAAGCUCUGGAUCUGCUGAUGAACAGUAAUGAAAUUGCACAGUCCAUGUCAGCCAAGACUGCCCGAUUCCGCACUAAGAUGACGGCUGCUGGUUUCACUAUCUCAGGGAAGGAUCACCCCAUCUGUCCUGUAAUGCUCGGAGAUGCCCGGCUAGCAUCAGCUAUGGCAGACGACAUGCUAGAGAGAGGUAUCUAUGUCAUAGGUUUCAGUUUCCCUGUAGUGCCAAAAGGUAAAGCACGUAUCCGUGUUCAGAUCUCAGCAGCACACAGUGACAAGGACAUUGACACUUGCGUACAGGCAUUCACUGAGGUGGGACAAAAACAUGGUGUGAUUCCUUGAGCAAGCUGAGUAAACACCAACAGAGCCCUGGGAGAAAACACAAAUGUUUCACAAAGCCACAGAUUAAACAAGCAAUUGGUGCUGUGCGUACACUCGAAGAGGCAUCCAAUGGGCACCGAACAAACGACUACUGAUCCCCUGAGCAUAGCAGCUGGCUGACGUCAUCAUACUGCUGCCUGUUGCUGCAGAUUCCUUGGUUUGAUCAAACGGCUACUAACCUUGGACAUAUGGACUGUGUUAACCCCUUGUUUACCAACGCUGCUGGAGUGCUCUCUGCCACCAAUGGAUUCCACAUUUGUCAUUAAUCCCAAUUUGCACAUUUUUAUUGAAACCUUUUAUUAAAUACAGUCUCACCAGCCUCUCCAGCAUCACUAGUUAAUGUUAUUAAAUGCUGCUAAUUCACUAAAGCUCACUCUGGCCUCUCCAGCUUUACUGGCCUUCCUGGUCUUUAAAGCAUCAACGGUCCCUAUGUUGGUUUAUGCUGCUAAUUCACUAAAGUUCACUCUGGCUUCUCCAGCUUCACUGGCCUUCCUGGUCUUUAAAGCAUCAAUGGUCCCUAUGUUGGUUUAUGCUGCUAAUUCACUAAAGUUCACUCUGGCUUCUCCAGCUUUAGCUGCCUCACCAGUCUCUCAGACAUCACCAGUCCCUAUCUUAGUCUAUGCAGCUGAUUCACUUUUGCUCAAUAAGUUUGCCAUUCUUUAGUAAAUCAUCUGCAUAGAAUGACAGAGAGAUAAGCAGCUGGUGAGGCCGGUUAAAGGGACAUAAUACUCAUAAUGCUAAAUCACUUGAAACUGAUGCAGUAUAACUGUAAAAAGCUGACAGGAAAAUAUCACCUGAGCAUCACUAUGUAAAAAAGGAAGAUAUUUUACCUCACAAUCUCCUCAGCUCAGCAGAGUAAGUUCUGUGAAAAAAUGAUGCUCAGCUGCAGGUACAAAAAGAAGAAAUAAACAGCAGCCAAUCAGCAUCAGCAGGGCUGAGGUCAUGAACUAUUUUACUGUGAUCUCAUGAGAUUUCACUUAACUCUCAUGAGAUUUCAUAGUAAACUUCCUUAAAUUGAAUAGGGAAAUAACAUGAGUGCACGAAGCUUGCUCCUUCCGCUGUCCCGGGACAGACAUACUGAUUUGUUGCUUAGAAGUCCUUUACAAUGGGAUGUGGCUACUGAGGAACUUUUGAGGUAAAAUAUCUUUCUUUUUUACAUAGAGAUGUUCAGGUGAUAUUUUAAAGUCAGCUUUUUACAGCAAUGCUGCAUUACUUUCAAGUAUUUCAACAUUUGGGUAUUAUGGCCCUUUAAGCUGGAGCGUCUGGAGUGAACUUUAGUGAAUCGGCUCCAUACAAUAACACAGGGAAUAAUCACUGGUGCAGCUGGGAGAUCGGUUAGUGAAUUUCGAUCAGUGUGAAACCCAAAUUUAUACUUUGAAUCAACUGAUUUAUUUCUUGUUGCUCUGUAUUUCUCUGCAGAUCUGGUGUAGUUAUACAUUAGAUAAUGCUGCUCUGUUUUAAUAAUUUACAUCUCCGAAAGUGUUUAAUACACAUAGCAAAGUCAUUUAAUAAAUUUGACUCUGCGCAUCAGUA